UCGUCUAGCGUUGCGCUGUUGAUAUUAUUCGUCCCGGAUCUCCUAGCUUCAAGUUUCGGACUUGUGAUAGGGCGAACCGCGAUAGCGCCACCCCACAAUUUGGCUCGCGACAUCUUCGCGACACCAGCUUUGGUCCUUGUCCUUCUUGGAGGAUGAUGGAAUACGCGCAAUAUCCACAACAGCAACACAAUUCUCACCCAGGUUACGCGAACUCUGCCGUCGGCGCAAGUAUCACCUCGCCCACCAGCCACGGCAUCACCCAGCACGCAGUGCAAUCAUCCCCCAUCGCAUCGCAACAGCAGCAGCAACAACAACACCAGCCCGGUCAGGCCCCAGCUCACGGCAUGUAUCAACCACAGUAUGGCGUGCCUCAACCCAGCAUGCAGCCGGUUCCCUACGGCAUGCCUGGAAUUCAGGCCGCCGCAAUGGCCGCCACGGCCGCCGCUUCAGGGUCCAGCUACCCUUACAUGCACCCAGAUCCGAGCAUGCCUCAUACGUCCCCGCGAAUGCCCAAUGCUAAGAAAGAUGGCCGGCCGUCUCCUCGUAUGAACAGCAUUUCCCAAAUCCCCGGCCGCCGCAUGAGCCAAGUCACCAGCCCCGGUGUACCGAGCGCCCCGGGCAUGAUGAACCACGGCGGACCCCGGCCCCCGCCCAUGCCUCCGGCCCCUGCCAUGCAGCACCCACAAUCUCCCGAGAUGCCUGCGGGGGCUGUCGAAGAAUCGCCCCUAUACGUCAAUGCGAAGCAAUUCCACCGAAUCCUCAAGCGACGCGUCGCUCGCCAGCGCCUCGAAGAGCAAUUGAGGCUGACGUCCAAAGGACGAAAGCCAUAUCUCCACGAGUCUAGACAUAACCAUGCGAUGCGCCGACCCCGUGGACCCGGCGGUCGCUUCUUGACAGCCGAGGAGGUGGCGGCUAUGGAAUCCAAGGGAGAGCUAGAUCCCAGCGGCAAGGGCCCUGAAGAUGUCUCACCCUCAAAGUCCUCUGAAACCUCAAGCGGCAAGCGCAAGUCGGAAUCUGGACCCUCAACUUCGAGUAAGAAAAUGAGGACACGAUGACAGGGAUUUUGAGGACAGAUACGUCUUUGCUAUCAUUCUCAGUUGAGGCAUCGAAUGGGACGGGGAGUUUUCUUUGAUGUUUUCUUUUAUUAUAACGGCCGACAAAUGACUAUUCCGCUCCAUUAUUCG